ACUCUUCAAUUUACUGUAUUUCCGCCACCUUUUAAAGAUUAACGAGUGCAGCCCGUGUGACGUCGACACUUCCUAAAUCAUUCAUCGAAUCUUUCCUGCUCGCUGGGGAAUUAUUUGGAUCCAUGUAGGAGAUGAGAUGGCGUGUUUUUGAUCCUCUCCGGCGGCUUCAGACACGCGCCUCACCGCGGAAGAAGUUCCACGCGUAGGCGUGCAAACCAGCGGCUUCAGCGCGAAGCUCCCGUAACUUACACCACCGACGGUUACUUUUAAACGCCACAUUUCACGGAGGAAAGCAGCGGGAGCUUGUUUGGAAGCCGGGUGGUCCGGUCCGGUCCGGUGGAGGCGGACCCUCUGUCCCGGAGCCUGUUUGUUGUGGGCGCCGUGUCCCUGCGUCGCUCCCCCGGUCUCCUGCUCCAGCAUGACGGGCAGCACGGCCAACUACCUGUGGUCCCUGCAAGACCUCCUCGGACAAGGGGCCACUGCCAAUGUCUACAAGGCACGCAACAAGAGGUCGGGUGAGCUGGUAGCCGUUAAGGUGUUUAACUCUGGGAGCUACAACCGGCCCCAUGAGGUCCAGAUGAGAGAGUUUGAGAUGCUGAGGAGGCUCAAACACAGCAAUAUUGUCAGGCUGUAUGCUGUGGAAGAGCUGCCCUCCAAACAGAACGUGCUGGUGAUGGAGUAUUGUUCAGGAGGAAGUCUACUCAACCUGCUCGAGGAGUUGGAGAAUGCCUUUGGCUUACCUGAAACCGAAUUCCUCAUAGUUUUGCAGUGUGUUGUGCUGGGGAUGAAUCACCUGCGAGAAAAUGGCGUGGUACACAGGGACAUCAAGCCAGGCAACAUCAUGCGGCAGGUUGGGGAGGACGGAAAGUCUGUUUAUAAGCUGACUGACUUUGGAGCAGCGAGAGAGCUGGAAGAUGAUGAGAAGUUUAUGUCUAUCUACGGAACGGAAGAGUAUCUGCACCCCGACAUGUAUGAACGUGCUGUGCUGCGUAAGCCUCAUCAGAAAUCCUACGGAGUGAGUGUGGACCUGUGGAGUAUCGGUGUGACAUUUUACCACGCUGCCACUGGGAGUCUCCCCUUUGCACCUUUUGGAGGACCGCGCAAGAACAAGCCCACCAUGUACAAAAUAACUACAGAGAAGCCUAUGGGGGCAAUAGCUGGAAUACAGCGGGUGGAGGGCGGGCCAAUAGAGUGGAGCUACCACCUACCUCACAGCUGCCAGCUCUCACAGGGUCUGGCGAUGCACUUGGUUCCGAUCCUAGCCGGCAUCCUGGAGGCGGACCAGGAGCGGUGUUGGGGUUUCGACCAGUUUUUCAAAGCCACCACAGAUGUGCUGCAGCGGCAGCCAGUUCACCUCUUCUCUCUGCAACAGGCCAUGGCGCACUGCGUCUACAUACACCACUACAACACGGUGUUGAUGUUCUUAGAGGAGGUGGCUUCUCAGACCGGCAUAGCAGUCCAGCUGCAACACCUGCUAUACCUUGGUCACAAGCUCCCUCUGGAGGGCAACAUGAAGGUGGCCAACCUCCCACACACGUCACACGACAGGCCCCUCAUUCUGCUCAGCAACGGGCCCGAAACCAAUGGCAGCUUUCCACUGAGGGAACCCGAAACACCAGUCAUCCCAUCCCGGUUCGAUGUUAUGGCAGACUACAACUUCUCCAAGGUUAUAGUGGGAGUGGUGCACCAGUACCUGAGGAUGGUGCAGUUGCUGCACACACACAGCGGCCUCCUGCUGCAGGGAUACUACAGCUACAUGAUGGUGUUUCGCGGGGAGUGUGAGAAAGCAGUCCACACUAUCGCCAUGAUCACCAUUAGACUGCAGUGUUGCCUCAUCACGGAACAAAGGACUCACACACUAGCCCGUUAUGAUGCAGAAAACCAGGGCUCAACUGAAAGCAGGAAUAGGCUGCAUCGUGUACGUGAGCACUUGCCUAUAUACAACGCGGGAAUCCAAGAGUUCCACAGCCGACUGGACCAUAUGCAGAUAGAACAGGCCAAGCUGGCAGAGGCGCUGGCCAAUGACCAGAGCUGUCAGAAGAUGGAGAUGCUGAAGCAGAGGAUAACGGCGAUUCAUCAGCAUUAUCGGAAAGACAGACAAACUGGCAAGUUGGCAUAUAACGACGAGCAAAUCCACAAAUUUGAGAAAAUCCACCUGUCGUCCCACAUUAAGAGAGUGAAAUCUCUCUUCAGAGAGGACUGCGUGCUGAGAUACAAAGAGCUUUUGGCCACAACCAAGAAGUGGAGCAGUGUUUUACUGGAGAUGAAGACCAGACUGCAGGACUUCUCCUCCUUCUCCACCGGCUUGUUUGCAGACGUGGAGAUGUGUGAGCAUCACCUAAAUAAGGCUCUGGACAGAAUUCUCUGCACUCUGCAGUCAGAGCAAACGGGACAACAGCCAGAGAUCAAGGACCAGAUGGUCUCUAGGAUGCACCAUCUGAAGGAGGAAAUGGAGAUGUUGGUGAGGGAACUACAGUGUAACAACAGCAUCAUUGAGGGUCUGGGAACGGUGGGCCCUGCAGAAGCUUUGGAGCCAAACUUGGCCAGACCGUCUACGCUUUGACAAAGGAGCUGUGUCCUUGUGUCUUCAAAUAAAAUGCCAUUGACCAUGUGCUGCGUUUUCUGUCAGGGAGCGGCUGAAGCCUAAUGCUGUAAGAAGAGGAUGCAGCCAAAGACAAUCAAUAUGAUGUGAAUCUCAAUUUAGAGAUGAGAUGCACAUAAUGGAGAGGAAGGAAGCGCUGCGGGCGUGUGUGUGUGUGUGUUUUUGUUUGUUUAUUUGCAAGGCUAAACAUUACCUUUAGUGUUAUUGUAUUUCUAAUAUGUUGCCACAGUGAAGGACCGACAGGAAAAGCAAAAUUAAUUCCUAGGCAGUGGCUAAAUAUUUUGCUUACGCCUGUGUGUCUUGUUUGUCCCCUAGAAGAAGUACCGCAAACAGGAGAACCUCAAAUGAAGUGUGUGUGCGUGUGUGUGUGCCUGCUGUCUUAUGUUGAAGGCGUGAGAUGUGUGCUUUUUUCCUAAUGGUUGAUCAUUCAAAUGUUUACUUUAAGUACAUCAUCUAAAUGCAAGGUGAUAAAUUAUAUCUUUGAUUGUCAGCCUUUCCAAGCACACAGCGCUGUCAUUUUGAAAAUAACAGCCAGCACAGCAAAUUAACAGUAUGAAAAUAAUUCUGACAUUAGCCAUUGUGACUCUAGGGUUUGUUUGUGUUUUCAAAGGGGAUGAAAAGGGGGAAAAAAUGCUUUUACUAUACUUCUUAACAUAAACUUUUUUUAAACUCUUGUUUUUGUCUGGACUCAUAUUAUCUCCACACACACAAGUAAUGCCAGCUGAAAAGUGAAAAUAAA